UAAAAGAAUUGCUGAAUCGUUUCAGUUUUGAAACGAACUGUUCGAAAGAACCGACUCUUUCAGUGCUACAGUUAAAUGCUUCCGAAAAGCCUCUAUCUGAGCAAUAACAAUUCUUCAGAUCGGCACUCUCUGGUUGCAGCAUUUAAUGUAAAAAAUUAGGGUAAUAAUAGUUUGAGUUCGUGAUUUAUAGAAUAGUGUAAAUAAAUUAGGUCCAGCGACCACAAGCCUACGUUAAUAUUAAUAUUGCCUCCGUAUUUUCGCGGGUUCCGCCCGGAAUGUUUUUGUAGCUGUACGCGUUCAUGUCCCGCCGUUAUAUUGAACUGUGAACAUGUCCAACACUGUUAUGUCAGGUAAUCACACCGAUCAACAAAUGUCUGCUCUAGAGGAAACGAGGACGAGUCUUUGCGAUCAGUUUGCCUCUGUCUCUGGAUCGGAUAGCGCUGUGGCGCAGUGUUAUUUAGCAGAAAAUGAAUGGGAUAUGGAGAGAGCAUUGAACUCUUUCUUCGAGGCUCAUAUGGAUUCAGUCUUUGAUGUUGAAGAUGCAGAGGAAACUAAAGAUGUGUCUGGGAAUAAGAGAAAGGAGGUGAAUUCCUCAGACCCUGCUGAUACUUCAGGAACAAAGAAGAAAUUUAAGGCGGACAAGAUGGAUUGCAUUGACCUGACAGCGGAGGAACCCACCUGCUCCAGCAGUGUGAACCCCCAAGAAAGUCAGGCUGAAAGUGUUGUAACCGAAUCUAAUGCGGAGGACAGCAAGCUCUCCUUCAUCAGCUGGAAUGUGGAUGGUUUGGACACAUUAAGUCUUGCAGAGCGUGCCAGGGGCUUGUGUUCGUAUCUAGUUCUAUAUACACCAGAUGUGGUUUUUCUUCAAGAACUCAUUCCAUCUUAUAUUCAGUAUCUUAAGAAGCGUGCUGUCAGCUACUUGUUUGUUGAAGGAAGCGAUGACGGAUACUUCACGGGAAUAAUGUUGAAGAAAUCAAGAGUAAAACUUCUGGAAAGUGAGAUCGUCAGUUAUCCUACAACACAAAUGUUGAGAAAUCUAUUAGUUGCUCAGGUGACUUUCUCAGGUCAGAAGCUAUACUUGAUGACAUCACAUUUAGAAAGCUGUAAGAACCAAUCAGAGGAGAGAAUGAAACAACUGCGGCUCGUAUUUCAAAAGAUGAAGGAAGCACCAGAAGACGCUACUGUAAUUUUUGCCGGGGACACCAAUCUCAGAGACUCUGAGGUGGUAAAGGUGGGAGGUUUGCCUCCAGGUGUGUGUGAUGUUUGGGAACAGCUGGGCAAACAGGAACACUGCCGAUACACCUGGGACACCAAAGCAAACAGCAAUAAGACUGUGCCUUACAUCAGCAGAUGUCGCUUCGACCGCAUCUUCUUUAGGUCUGCUAAAACCGGCCCAAGAGUCACUCCUGACCACAUGGUCUUGGUCGGAAUGGAGAAACUGGACUGUGGCCGUUACACCAGCGAUCACUGGGGAAUUUACUGCACUUUCAAAACAUGAUUAUUAAAUGUCUCAUAGAAGAUGGUUUUAAAGAGUGUUUGUACUAAAAUAAAGAAUGUGAAGAGUGCCUACAAAUCCAGACUACAGAUCAGUGUAAGAUACAAAGACAUACAGAUAAUAGGAUGCAUAGCUGGAUAUAAAAUACUGUGCAGAAAGAGAUCUUAUUGAAGGGUUUGAAUAGAAUGGUUUACUUAUUGUUAUUACACAGUUGUUGUUUUUUGUGUUUUUUUGUAUUUGUCAUACAAAAUAUUCUAUUUCAAACCAUGAUUUCAGUCAAUCUCUGCUCUCUCAUAAUUUCUUUUUUUAAAAUGUGAAAGUGUUGACUGAAUUUAAAUGAUUUUAUUUAAAUAAAUGUGACCUUGAUUUAUUGUGGUACGGGUUGUGUGUCCUAUAUUACACCACUAGUGGUCAGUAUUUCUCAAACAUGGCCCUUUAUAUAAAUAAGCUUUUAAAUGUCAUUGGAAUGGAGGCAUGGUGUACUAUUACUUUUUGAAACUACACACACAUAGUGUGUGUGUACUGUAAAAAAUCUGUGAAAUUAAAAUGCUGUGUAAAAUGAUGACAUCAAAAUUGUGCACAUAGAACUACUACAUAUACAGUAAUAUUCUGAAAA